AUGUAUGUUGGUUCGACCGAUGAGGCGGAAGUAAUUGAUAAUUCGAUUGAUGAAGCCGUAGCCGGUUAUUGUAGUGAAGUCAAAGUGCUUUUCUCGACUGACCAAACAACCCUCACUAUUGAGGAUAACGGACGGGGCAUUCCAAUCGCCAUCCAUCCGGAAACCAAAAAAAGCACACUGGAAACUAUUUUUACUGUGCUUCACUCCGGAGGCAAAUUUGAUAAUAAAGUUUACAAAACUUCAGGUGGUCUUCACGGAGUAGGAGAAGGCAUUUUGGUAAGUUCUGAAAUUACGGCUACCCCCGAAGCCAAAAACGGAAUAACUAUUAGUUUCACUCCUGAUAAAAAAAUUUUUAAAGAAUUUACGCAUUUUCGUAUUGAAUUAAUUCAAAAUCGUCUCCAAGAAUUAGCCUAUCUUAAUUCUAAUCUAACCUUAUUUUUUUACACCUCUCCCCAAACCGAGCCAUUAGUUUAUCACUUUGAAACAGAAGAAUAUUUUUAUUUGAAUUUUGCCUGGCAAUAUAAUCAGGAUGUUAAAAAGGGACAAAUUAAAUCUUUUUGUAACAAUAUCAGCACGGGCGGGGGCGGAACCCACAUCGAAGGUUUUGAAGCCGGUUUGGAAAAAUCUCCGCACUUAAAAAUAGUCAUUCUUAAAGAGGAUAUCUUGGCCGGAUUAGUAGUUUUGUUGGCUGUUCGUAUGUCUGACCCGGAAUUCACCGGACAAACUAAGGACAGGUUGGCUAAUAAAAAAGUGCGAGAAUUGGUUCGUAAUGCUACCAAUGAACUAGUUAAUAAUUUUCUCAAAAAUCACCCGCUAGAUGCUGAAACUAUUAGUCGUCAAGUCAUUAGUAAUGCUCAAACACGCUUGAAACUGGCCGAGCAAGAAGAACUUUUGCGGGGCAUAAGUCAAACUCGGGUCGAAGCUCCAGAAGGCUUGUCUCCCUGCCUUUCCAAAGAUACUGAACUCAACGAACUGGGCAUCGUAGAAGGAAAGUCGGCCGCCGGCACCGGAAUUGCGGCCCGUGACCCUAAAUACCAAGCCGUUUUUACUAUUCAAGGAAAAAUUCUUAAUGUUGAGAAAGGAAAAAGAGGAAAAAUUCUUAAUAAUAAGGAGAUUCGAGGGUUAAUAAACUCACUAGGAUUUAAUGUGGGAGAAGCCACUCAGAACUAUUAUAAUCGUUUUUGCUCUGGUUUAGAUAGUGCUGACAGCAAGGAGGAGUGA